AAUGGCUCUUUGUUUUCUUUCUCUUUUUCACUUGCUUCAGAGGCUUAUUAAAGUAAAGCAUAUCCAUAAAAUUGAUUCAAAAGUAUAUUGCGAAUUAAUCCCAUUCAAAUAUUGAUCGUUGGCUUGCGUGCUGUUGUUGCACAAGAAAGGAACCGAUGCGUCAUGAAGUUAUUUCCCAUAUUGGGAAACCCAUUAGAGAAAACAGUGGAAGAGCUCCGCAUGAUCGCCAUACAGCAGCCCGAGGACGGGGAGUUCAUAUGUCGCUAUUUGACUAUUAAUAAUGCAGUUCUGAAACUUUCAACUAUUGCAUGUACAAAUAUUAAGCGCUGAGUGUACAGUGAGAGAGGCUGUAUGGAUUCGUGACCUAACCGUGCUCUCACAAUGGAAUAUACAUUAUUACGGACUGUCCUUGGAUUAUGCAUCCUCACUCAGGUUGUGAAAUGCAACUCUGUAUGUUCAAUUAACAGCUAUAGUGCUGUCUGCAUAGACAGAGGUCUUCAUCAGGUGCCAGAGCUGCCGACAUAUGUAAAUACUGUGGAUUUGAGUUUAAACAACAUUGCUGAACUCAAUGAAACAUCCUUUUCUCGUCUUGAAGGUCUACAAGUCCUCAGGAUGGAGCAACAAACACCAGGACUUUUGAUUAGAAACAAUACAUUCAGAAGACUCAACAAUCUAAUAUCUCUUCAGCUGGGCUACAACCACAUGCUUCAAUUGGAGAAAGGAGCAUUCAAUGGAUUAUUCAACCUUCAGAUUCUCUCUCUCACACAGUGCAGUUUAGACGACUCCAUCCUGUCUGGUGACUUCCUCAAACCUCUGGUGUCUCUUGAGGUGCUUGUCUUGCGUGAUAAUAAAAUAGAAAGAAUCCGGCCGGCCCCGUUGUUUUUAAACAUGAGAAGUUUCCACAUACUGGAUCUCUCUCGCUUAAACGUCAAGAGUAUCUGUGAGGAGGACCUCCUCAACUUUCAGGGUAAACAGUUCACUCUUCUAAAACUGUCCUCAGUGAGACUGCGAGAGAUGAACGAGUACUGGUCAGGAUGGGACAAGUGUGGAAACCCAUUUAAGAACAUGUCUAUAACUAUAUUGGAUCUGUCUGGAAAUGGCUUCGCUGUUAACAUGGCACAGCGGUUUUUUGAUGCCAUCAGGGGUACCAAAAUACAAAGUCUUAUUCUCAGUAACAGUUACAGCAUGGGCAGUUCUUUUGGCCAUAAAAACUUGAAAAAUCCAGACAAAUUCACAUUCAAGGGUCUUGAGGAGAGUGGCAUUAAGAUUUUUGAUCUGUCUCAAUCAAAUAUCAUCACUCUGUCCAAUUCAUUAUUUAAUAUGUCAGAUCUAGAAGAACUUACUUUAGCCCAUAAUCAGAUCACUGAGGUUGAAAACAAUGCAUUUUUGGGGUUGACAAAUUUACUAAAGCUAAACCUGUCUCAAAACUACCUAGGUGAUAUUGAUUCUGAAACAUUUCUGAAUCUACAGAAACUUGAGCUGCUUGAUUUGUCUUACAACAAUAUAAAGGUGCUUGGAGAUAAAUCAUUUCAAGGGCUCGAAAAUCUGCUCAACCUGAAUUUAACAGGAAAUGAUCUCACAUCUGUACAUGAACUCGCAACCCUUCCAAACCUGGAGAAGCUCUACUUGGGUGACAACAGAAUUACGUCUUUGUCUAACUUACCCAACGUGGCUAAAAAUCUCACAACCCUUGAUUUGGAAAUGAACAAAUUAAAUGCCUUGUCAGAUCUGUACACAAUUCUACGGGAAUUUCCACAAAUUGAAAAAAUCUUUCUUCAAGGUAACAUGUUUUGGAAUUGUUAUACUCCAAAACAAACUGUGCUUUCAGACAAAAUACAACUCCUUCAUCUUGGGAUUUCAACUAUGCAGCUUAUCUGGUCACAAGGAAAAUGUUUAGAUGUGUUUAACAAUCUUCACCUGUUAGAACAGCUCUCUCUGUAUGCCAACGGGCUGCAGUCGCUCCCUAAAGACAUUUUCAAAGACCUUACCUCUUUGCACUUUUUAGAUUUGUCCUUCAACUCUUUGAAGUACAUUUCUAAUGGCACAUUCCCUAAAAGUCUACGAAUUCUAAAUCUUGAUUAUAAUUCAAUUUAUUCAGUGGAUCCAAAUGUCUUUAGCACCCUCACUUACAUCAGCCUGCUACGAAACCAGUUUCGUUGCGAUUGCAACCUAAGGGAUUUCCAAACAUGGCUAAAUCAAACUAAUGUAAUCCUUGCACACCCCAUUGAGGAUGUGACAUGUGCCAGUCCUGAGGAUCAGUACAUGGUUCCUGUGUUGACAUCAAACAUACAAUGUGAGGAUGACGUGGAAGAGAAGACUACUGAAAAACUGAGGCUUGUGCUUUUCAUCUGCUGUGCCACAUUGAUCAUAUUACUCACGACCAGUGCCAUCGUUUACGUCCGUAGUCGUGGCUACUUCUUCAAGCUUUACAAACAACUGAUUACCAAACUUGUGGAUGGAAAGCGAGAGGAUCCUGAACCUGACCAAUUCUUGUACGAUGUGUAUCUUUGCUUCAGUUCCAAUGAUAUGAAGUGGGUGGAGAGAGCACUGUUGAAGAGACUCGACUCUCAGUUUUCCAAACAGAAUGUGCUCCACUGUUGCUUCGAGGAGCGAGACUUCAUACCUGGAGAGGACCAUCUUUCCAACAUGCGAAACGCUAUCCAGAGUAGUCGCAAAACACUCUGUGUGGUGUCUGAACAUUUCCUGAAGGACGGCUGGUGCUUGGAAACCUUCACCCUGGCAAAUAAUAGGAUGGAAGAUGACCUUAAGGACAUUCUGGUGGUGUUGGUUGUGGGGAACAUACCCCAGUACAGGUUACUGAAGUACAAACAAGUGAGAUCUUACAUUGAGAACAGAAGAUACCUUCUUUGGCCCGAUGACAGUCAGGACUUAGAGUGGUUUUAUGACCAACUUUUACAUAUAAUCAGAAAAGACACCAAGGUUAAGCAAACAAAUACUGAAUUAAAAGGCAAGGAGAUUGAAACAAAGCCUGAAGCAGUUAAUGUUCAUGCAAACACUACUGUGUAAUUAUGGUGUGUUAUGUAUCAUAGACAUUUUGAAUUGAAGGAUAUUCAGCAGCACCAAGGGACUUCAUGUAGAACUUUUGUUUGUAUUUUAUUGUUGUAUGUGUCUCUUAUUAUAAAAUGCACAGUUUACUUUUCAUCACCCUUUUUAUAAUUUAUGCUCCCACAACUCGAAAACGACAUUAUUCUACAAAUUACUCCCAUUUUAUACAAAUAUUGCACACUGGAUGUGGUAUAAAAUAAUGCAUUAUAUUUUGCUGUGAAUCUGUGUUAUUUUAGCGCUUCUGCUCUCACCAUAUUUCCUGAAUACAGGCAAAAUGCCCAAAACCUGGAAGCCACUUGUGAGAUGUAUUUAGCCACCAGUUUAUAAAUCGCAGUUCAUCUUAAAAACAUGGGCAUGGGAAUGAUGCAUGGACUCCACCUACAGAAUGCCCACAAAUAUCCUAACUUGGUGAGACAGAAUACAAUAAAAGCGCAUGCGCUAGUUAUUAAUUCAUUUAUUCAUAUGGGCUGCUUCCGAAAACUGAAAAAUGCUGCCUUUGAAGGCUGUAUACGGAGGUAGUUUGAAAAUAAGGUGCUUUUCAAACUGUUCUGAGGCCAGUUUCCUUAAUCGUUCCAUUCAUUCAAGAACGCUGUCAGUGAAGCCAUUAACUGAUUAGGCAGCAAGUCAGCUGCCUACGUUUUCAGAUGGAGCCAUGGAAUAUUCUUUCGGCUUGGCAUGGAUAUGCAGUGCAGCUACUGGUGUCUGCCCAUAUAAUGCAGCCCAUUCAAGAACUCUUCAUUAGUUAGUCAUUUUCAUUACCAAUAAUAAAUCCAUUCAUUGACUGUGCACUGGCACGCCUGAGCGCAAACAAACAUUGGUAUGCAUGCUUGUCAGUUGAUGUGCGCAUAAGAACAUUUUCACGUCAGUUUCUGCCUUAUAAACCCCCAUUUGUUCCUCUUUUGAUGUAGGAUCAAAUCUGAUUGUACGUACAUACAUAAAUGAGGGCUCAGGUCUUGUGUUUUUGGGUAAUAACGAUUUGUACAUUGCUUAUGACGUGUCAAUAAACCUCAGAAUUGCUAAAGAAGACCAUAUUUGAAAGAGUUCACAACACCACUUUGGCAAUCCUGAUAAUGUAUAAAUGUAAUAUUUUUAUUUUGUCUAUGUACUCAUUUUGCAUAGUCUAUCUAUAUGAUUAAAGCAAAUCAGGAAAUUAAAUAUUUUAACGUCAGACAAUCUUAUUUCUAUGGUCUUCAUUAUGAUAUAUGCAUGGGUGACGUCACAAUGUCAUCUGGCCUAAUUUCUUGUAUGGAGAUCGCAUCAUUUUAAUAACGCACACUGAAACAAGAAAGGAAACACAGCAAAGCUAAUAUUUACAAAUGCUGAGUUAUACUUCCAGUCUUUCAGUAAUACCCUGUGCAGUCAUAGCUGACCAAAGAAUGACCUUUCAAUUAAUUUCCUGUUCCUUUAUCUUCUUACAUGCAGGGAUACAAAGCAACAUUUUUGCCUAUGCGUCUCUCACUAUUCUACUUCUUUACUGAACAAUUAUGUAAAUACACAGCACUCUACAUAAACAAUUAUGUACUGGAUGCUGAAAUAACUUCUAAAAUAAUACCUUAAUAAAAUAAUUUCUGUAGCCAUGUUUUCAGCCCUCGCUGAUUUCUGUUAAUACAAGCUCUUGUUUGACCUCGUUUUUGUUUGACGUUGGCACAUACAAAAAAUAAAAUGAAUUAUUACAA